AUGUCUACUUUCAGCCGUUGGAGGAAAGUAGAGCUGCUGGAUUUAGCAGAAAAAUUAAAGUUACCGAAUGUCGCCCAUAAUGUGCGUAAGAACGAGUUGAUUCACACUAUCGAAGACCAUUUGAACGUUUUGAAUGAACCAUUGGAUGUUGAAGUCGAUUACCCAGAACUCAAAUCUUUUUACGAUUCGAUAGUCUUGAAACAUGAAGAGGAACCAGAAGUGACUGCCGAGGAAGAGGACGAGGAGUCUGUUGAAGAAGAUAAUAAGAACUAUAACAAGUUGGAUUUCAGUGAAGAGGAUGAUGACGAUUCUACUUUCAAAUUUGGAUUUGAAAAUUAUCUUUCUGAUAUCGUUGUAAAGGUAAAGGAAUUCAACGAGUCCUUACAGGACUCGUUAUCCACUAUCCAAUCCAUCGAUAAAAUUUUCUACCUCAUAGAGUUUUACUUUAUUAUGAGACCGCUUAUCGAACAUCAGGAUGCUGCACUUUCACUAAGUACCCUGAUUAUCUGGAUCUCCUUUUCAUUCCUUCUACCUGCUAUAAUAGCCUACUAUAUCAAUUUUAUCAGGUAUGACCUAACGACUAUUGAGUUUGAUCCCAUGGUCUUCCAUUUGGCCAAGUUUCUCAUUAGUUUGGCUAUCUUGAAUUUGAAACUAUCCACCACUGGCGAUCGUUGGGAUUACGUUAGAUUAGGUUUGACAUCAUGGGUCCACUAUUUGGGUCAAUUACCACUAAUAUUUGCACUUGUAGGUGCACUAUUGACGCUCUAUAUUUUUUAA